CAAAUGUUUUUUAAAGUGAUAAGUACUAUUCAUUUUUCUUUCAUAAUUAAUUUUUCUUAUAACCUCAAGUUCGGUUGUUCGAACGUCGAGUUCCUAUGAAGCACAUGGUCACAUGUCAUUUGUAAGUUACUCAGUAACAAUCAAAUGAUUGGUUUUGUGGAUGCCAUUGAAUCGGAAAUGCGUCUUACUACCUCUUAGGUUUUCGAAUUUGUAUUGAACAAUGAAUCUGGAACAAGAAUCCAAGUUAAUUGCUGGAAUGAACACAUCAAGCGAGUAAAGAAAAGAUAAUUAUGGAUAAUAUUAUUUAUUUAGAAAAAGCACACUGUGCUACUAGCACUGAUUAUAAUAGAGGAAAUUAUCAAAGAGCUAAACUAUUAAUUGGCAAAUACACUAAUGUUGGGUUAAUGGGAGCUUUUAAUAAUGAAAAUUGUGAAAUUUCUGCAGCUGAACCUGUUGUUCUUCAAGAAUUUCAAUUGAGAGAUUUGAAAAGAUCAAUUUUACCUUGGAAGUUUAAAAUUUCAGGUUAUUUAAAAACUCAAUUUUCGAAAAUUGGAUCAGAUAAUCCAACCUUAGUUAAAGGAAUCUUUACUAUCACUGAUGGUAAUCGAAAGCUGGACGUGAUGACUAACUUCUUCCAAGAGAAUCAUGGAUAUGUGAGAGGAGAUUCCAUACAACUGAGUGGAACUAUUCUUUAUCUGAGAAAUGACGAGGUAUCAGAGAGAAGCCGACAGAUAUUGAAAAAACAAAUGUGGAGAAUGUACCAAGAAAAACUUUAGCCUGGCUGCUGAAGGGGACAGAUACUAUCACCAUAAAAAAACCACUCAAGAAAACAAAAUAUCAUUGAUUGCAAAUUAUGUUCUUCAUGUAUACGGUUGAUCUUUGUCUUUCUCACUAGUUUUCCACGUCACUUUUAUUAAUUAGAGUUAACUUUCUUUAUCUAUGCGGUCGAUCCUAAUGAUCUUUUUUUCAAUUUUGAAGUUUAAUUUCGUUUAUUGAAAAUACAAUUGUUAUUGUAUACGGUUCGGUUGCCAAAUUAAAUACCCAGUAACUAACAUUCAAAAAUUUUUUUCAAUUUUUUUAUUAUUAUAAAAAAGU